GCCUCCAUUUCAUCCACCGCAGGAGUAUUAGAGAGUAGGAAGCUUGGAACUUUCUGCUGCAGACUUGAUAGAAAUGAGGAGAAUCGGUGGUCUGGUAGCCCUAUGCCGAGCGGCAGAAGGCAUCGCCACCUCUUCUACGGCCGGGAACGUCGUCUGCAACAGGAUGUUACAGACUGCCUUGUACGGCACGACUAGCGCUUAUUCAAGGCGUCAUCACUGGUUCACAAAUUCUAAUAAGCUGGUUGAGCAGCCGGCGGCUCACACCGUUGCCGGAACCAUGUUAUUUUCCGUUGCAGCGUCGGCCGUUUCCGAAGACGUCCACGCUAAAGAACCAGUACAGCCGAAAUUACGCCCCAACGACGUCGUCCUUUAUCAGUAUGAAGCUUGCCCUUUCUGCAAUAAGGUCAAAGCGUUCCUGGAUUACUAUGACAUUCCUUACAAAGUAGUGGAGGUCAAUCCAAUCAGCAAAAAGGAAAUUAAGUGGUCUGGUUACAAAAAGGUGCCUAUAUUGAUGGUAGAUGGUGAACAGAUGAUUGACUCAUCAGAGAUAAUUGAUGAGUUAUCUCGAAGAGUUGGUUCUAGGGCUCAAGGUGAUAAUCUCUCAGAUGAAGCUGGUGAAGAGAAUAAAUGGCGUGGGUGGGUUGACAAUCAGUUGGUGCAUGUCUUAUCACCAAACAUCUACCGCAGUAGUUCAGAGGCCCUCGAGUCAUUUGACUACAUUACAAGUCAUGGUAAUUUCAGCUUCACAGAGAGAAUCAUAGCAAGGUAUGCUGGAGCUGCAGCCAUGUAUUUUGUGUCCAAAAAAUUGAAGAAAAGACAUAACAUCACUGAUGAAAGAGCUGCUUUGUAUGAUGCUGCGGAAACUUGGGUGGAUGCUCUGAAAGGCCGAGAUUUCCUAGGUGGAUCCAAGCCAAACUUAGCUGAUCUAGCAGUAUUUGGUGUUUUAAGACCCAUCCGCCAUCUUCAGUCUGGUAAAGACAUGGUAGAACACACACGAAUAGGUGAAUGGUAUUCACGAAUGGAAGAUGCUGUUGGAGCGCCGUGUCGUCUGGAGACACAGGGGGCUUGAGAAUGAUCAAUCUGAAUUUGAAUCUGAAACUACGAACAUCAUAUGAGAUUGAGUGCUAGGAAUUUUCCAACGUUGUCUUGCAGUUUUGAUAGGUAAAACCCAAUGGAAAUUGUCAGUGAGUUGUUUACUUAUGGCGGCGUACGUGCUUGAUCUGUCACUAUGCUAUAUUGGUUAUAUGUUUCUUCUUCUUUCUGAAGAUUUGUAAGCUAGGAAAGUUCUAUUGCUGCUAGGCCGUCCUUGAUCCAGUACAAUGUACAAAUGGAAUUGCAAGCCCGGCCACUUAAAGUAGUUGCAUACUAUGACCAGUCCAAUAUUAAUUUGCACUUUCGAUGAUUUAGAAUUGAAAACCCCCGGGAUAAUAUUUAUGUC